AUGUCCGUCGUUCCCAUCCCUCGAAGGCAUGCCCUCGCUGUGCGAAACCCGCCGGCAGCUGCCCCCGUACCUCGUCCUCACCCCGUGGUCUUCUCGGGAGAUGGUCAAGCUGUAGCGGUACGCGCACGCCGUGCUGCUCCUCGCGUGCUUGUGCCCGCCAGUCCGGAGAUAGACUCGGAUCCGCCGUCGUCAGAUAACCGUCCUAAGAUCUAUACUGUGAAAGGAUCAGACGUCAUUAUGAAGAGAUAUCGCGUGAGGGGUGGGAUUGGCUUUGGAAGCAGCGGGACGGUUGUGCGCGCCGAAGACGAGGUCACAGGAACGGCCGUGGCCAUCAAGGUCUUCCAUCGCGACGAUGAGAUGCAGGCGGAUGUGAAGAACGAGGAAAGGAUGUAUGAGAAGGUACUCGCAGGCUGCAAUGCACAUGUCGAUCUCUUCGCACAGGUACUGGGCAGCGGCAUGCACCUCGGCUUCCACUGUGUAGUAUUCGAACUUUGUCAAGCCACGCUGUUCGAUGUCCUCCAAGGAUAUUCCGGUCUGGCGCCUCUUCCCAUGCGGCACAUUAUAGAAAUUGCGUACCAGAUCAUCAAGGCCAUAGGACACCUACACUCCCUAGGCAUCGUGCAUACUGAUAUCAAACUCGAGAAUAUUGCGCUCAAAGUGCAGGACGCAGCCAAGAUACGUUGGCUUGACCCUACUGCUGGGUUUCAGGAUAAGAGCAUUCUUGUCUCGUCGCAGAUCCGCAUUCUGGAUCUAGGCGGCGCCAUCGAGCUGCAAGGCCGCGGAGUGCACCACGGGUGGGUCGGUACGCGAGGCUAUCGCGCCCCCGAGAUUGCCUUUGGCCUCCCAUGGAACCGCGCUGCCGAUAACUUCUCCAUCGGCUGCGUCAUCGCCGAGCUAUACCUCUCUCGUCGCCUGUUUGAUAACGACAUGCAAACAGACAGGGAGUUCCUAGCUGCUGUGGAACGCCUUCUUGGGCCUUACUCCCGGGAGUUUGCCGAGAAGAUUGAAGCGAAGCACUCGGGCGUAUUCUCCUUUCAUAAUGGCACGGUAUCCCUUCUAUAUCCUCCGGCGGGCAGCGUUUUGUCGACCUCCGACUAUGCCGAGUCUAUGCGAAGGCUGGAACGCAUACGGCCGCUCGCGGCACAAAUCCAUGACACACCCCUGUACGAUUUACUUUGCAAGCUGAUGGCCCCCGUCCCGGCCGAACGCAUUUCGCUGGAAGCCGCCGCAAAGCACGACUUCUUCGAUAGCCUCAGCCGGCUGCAGUGGUUGUAG